UUACGACAAAUUGUUUUUGUACACGGACUUGUUGAUAAUAACACCCAAAAUGUUUGCCCUCCAGUGAAAAAUUAUGCGGUAUACUACCAGUUACCGUGGAUGACAACUAAAGAGGAAGUGAUCUUAAAGUUAUCCUGUGCUAUAUACAUGUAUCAUUUGAUAAGUAAGAUCUGCUUCAUCAUCCAUUGUCCAAUGCUCAUCACUUAUCGUAUUGAUGGAUAUUUUCUGAUAUAAACGCUAAUCUAAAUCAACUUGUGUAGUAAUGCACCGGAUUAACGCAUGAUAACAAACAAAACUUGAUGCUGACAGUUAUAAAGGAAACAAACAUCUCACAUUUUGAAUGCUUAGUUUUCAUGUUUAAAUAUGUUUUUUUCUUUUCAUUUUCUUAUUCACCAAAAAUUAUCUCUUUUCAGAAUGAAAUAGCCACUGUUGUUCAAUCAGCUAUCUCUGAAUUUACGCAAAACUCAACAGUUGAUUCAGAAAAACUACUCAAGGAAUAUUCCCCGAGUUCCAGAACAACUGAAUAUAGUUUAUUACUACUUGGUUUAGAUACCCUAUGGAUUUUAAUCGUUGCUAUUCGAGCUGGAACUGGUCCAUCAACAAACUUAGUUGGAUCAAUUAGUUCAUCAGGUUCGACAAUAACUAAAAGAAGUCAAAGUAUUUCAUCGACUGGUCAUUCAGCGCCAGCUGCUCUUGUAUCAACACGUUCACCAUGUGUAGAUCGAUGGUUAAUAAGUCAGGAUAAACGGUUACUAGCUUGGUGUAUUGCUGUGACCGAAGGAUAUCCUGGUAUUAGCUUAACAAAUUUUACACAUUCAUGGCGUGAUGGUUUAGCAUUUCUAGCUAUAGCACAUCAAAUAAGAUCAGAAUUGUUUACGUUUGAAUCUCGAUUAGAAAAAACACCCAAUCAAAAUUUAUCACUUGCAUUUCAUUUAGCAACAGCUGAAUUUGCCACUCCAAGACUACUAGAACCGGUAGAUAUGCGUCAUGAGAAUAUUGAUGCUAGAUCGACUGCUGUUUAUCUCUUAGAAUUACGUAAAGCGGUUGAAAGAGAUAGAAAACGUCGUUCUAGGGGUAUUCUAGAAAUACAAACAGCAGCUAUGAUUCAUGGACAGUCAAAUGAAGAACCAAAUGUUAUAGUUGAAAGUCGAUGUUCACCGACAUCAACAUGUAGUACGUCGGAAACUUCUUGGCUUGAUGAUGAAGUUGAAGGUGAUUCAGAUGACGAAACUGGUGAUAUAAAUCGUUUACCUGAUCCUGAUCAUUUUGGUACAGUAAUUGAAACAACAUUAGCAUGGUUAUUGGCUAUGGAAGAACAAUUUGGGCAAAACGAUCUACAAGAGGAUCCGCGUAAUUUUACGAGUAACAGUUAUACAAUGACUAAAAAUGAUCAGUUACAAUCAGUGCAUAAUGAAGAAGAUAAAAAUUUCAUUCUUCGUCUUCAAAGAGCCAACUCAAAUGAAACAACAUUAAUGCAUGCAGCAAUUUUAAAAAACAUUGAUGAAGCCAGAGAUAAGUUUGAAACACAUGAGGAUUUAACUGCUCACUUAUCACGCCGUCAAAUGGCUGUCGGGCGCUGUCUACGUCUUGGUAACCGUUUAAUAAAAACACAUGAAAACUUAGAUAAUAUUCUGAAAAAUAGUGAAAUGUUAAGUCAAAAGGAAUCAAACAGUGUUCAAACUGGUGUUGAUGCUAGCGAUGAAGACAGUUCUGAGAAUAUGGAGGAAAAACAAAGACAAAUAACAAUACAGCAAAAACUUCGUGAAUUAGAUCCUGCUGUUAUUCAACGACAAACUGUAUUACUAGCAACAAGAUGGAAUAAUCUAUGUCGUUUAAAUACUGCUGUGGGUAAACGUAUAACAGCAAGUUUACUUAGACGACAAACUAUGCUUUUAAGUGCUAUACGUAUACAAUUAGAUAAAUUGGAAAAUGAGCAAACUCUUCAAUUGAAUCAACAAAUUGGUCCGUCAAUUGCUGAUAUUAAAAAGCAGUUAGAAGCAAAUCGAUGUUUAGAACAAUUAAUUGAAUCUGGCGAAGCAUUAGCAGAACGUUUAGAUAAUUUCAUAACUAUUGUUCCACAAAAAGCAACAGAUAAUGAAGAUAAUUAUAUGAAUGAACGUGGUAUAGAAAAUGUAAUUGCUGAAUUAGCUACUCGUUGGAGUCGUUUGGUUAGUUGGGUAAAUACACGUUAUGCAUGUUUACAAAAUGUUUUACUAUAUUGGAGACAUUUCGAAGAAGAAGCAAAUGUUUUAUCUGAUUGGUUAGAUGAGCGUACAGAAGAAGUGACUAAAACAGUUGCAAAUUUAAUCCCAUCAGUACCAAAUCAUCAUUCGAAUAAUAUAUUAACAAUUUCACAUUCAAGACAUAGUUCAUUUGGUAAUGAUAUGGAAUUGAAUGAACAAAAAUUAACUAACUAUAAAUUACUUGAAAGAGCUGGAUCCAGUGGCAGUUCAGUUAUGCAAACACAGGAUAGUAUGGAACGAAUUACUGUAUCAAAAGAUAAUUUAAAUCGUGAUACUUUACAACAAAUGGUUUCAAAUCAAAAUGAUGCAGAAAUGGAAGCCAUAGAUGCUUGUCUAUCACCGCACGAAUCCCGGUGGGCACAAUUACUCGCCAGCUUAGAUCGUCGUGCACAAGCUAUACGUGAAGCUUGUGGUGAUACAGACAGUGUUAGUCGUUUAGUUGAAAAGAUUGUCGACCAAUUAGUAUCACGUUGGAGUCAACUACGUGAUCCGCAAAUCAAUUGUGAAGAUUGGCCAGAGAAAGAUAUAACAGAUAUUGAGAAAUAUGUUGAAUCUACAACUAAAAAAGGUCUAUUGAAUAACGUUCCAAAUAGCUCUUUAAGAAAUCAACAGAAUUCACAGUCAGAAGCUAAACGAUCAAUAGAAAGUGGUCAUCUCACGAUUCACAAAGCAACAAAAAUUUCGCGUUUUGACAUGCAACCUCCACCGUCGCCAACUGGUUAUCGUGCAGAAUUUGAGUCUAAAGCUGAAGAAAUAUUAAACUGGUUGGAUAAUAGUGCAGAGAUUUUAGAAUUAAUCACAAUGGAUAAACGUCGUGCACUUGAAGCCGGUGGACAAACUCAAGUUUUAGGUCGACAUAUUAUAUCCCCUCAUUCUGAGAAAAAUGAUGGUGUCGAUGUUGAUGAUGGUGACGAUGAUGCGAUCAGAGUGAUUAAUCGUGUAACCAAGGAACUUGAAGACUGGCGGCAUAUAAAACAACGUGUCCUACUCCUAGGAGAGCAAUAUCGCGAUGAAUUAUCACAAGCCGGUGAAAAUAUUGAAGAACUCGAUCAACUAUUUGAUGAAAUCGAAGAAAGGUGGACAUAUCUUGAUAAAUUACUCAUCGAAGCAAAUCGUCAAAUGAGAAUUUCCAAUCAAAGUGUUGAAUUUCAACAGGAAGCAGCCAAAAUACACGCAUUACUAACUCGGUCAAAAGAAGAUGAAUUAUUAAAACUGAAAAAUGAAGAUGAUAUAAAAGAAAUUCCAGAAUCCAAAUUAUUUACUAACGAAAUGAAGUCUCAAUCCGGUAAUGAAUCAGAGAUUAAUAUUGCAAAUAUUAAUGAAAGAUUUGAAGAUAUUAAAUCACUAAUUGUUCAAGUGAAAGAUGUCAUUUCUCAACCAAUUACCAUUGGUCAUCCUGAAGAUGCUGAUGAACAACUUGCCACUUUAAAUAAAAUGGUUAAGGAUUUUGAAGCUACAAGCGAAUUUCUUGCUAAUUGGGAGAUGAAUUCAGCAAAUCAUCUGGAAUUAUCCUCAUCCUCACCAUCUUCAUCUGUCAAAUGGAAUGAAACAUUAAAAGAUUUACGUGAACAAUAUAAAACUGUUUGUGCAAACUUAAAUACGCGGAUUGAUUUUCUACAAGAUUUAUCAGAACAACAUGAAUUAUUUUUGAAUCAAUUUGAAGGAAUCGAAAAAUGGCUUGCAGAUAUGACAGAUUAUUUGGAUUCAGUAUCAAGAGCACAUCUACCAUCAGUACCAGUUAUUCAAGCCCAACUACAGGAAAGUUGUGAAGCAUUAAAUGAUAUGAAAACGUUAAAGCCAACUUUACAAAAAGUUGACGAGGUUGCUCACAGACUUUUGGAGUACUUUAGUCCAGCUUAUGCUGAACUUACCACUAAUCGACUUCAAUCAUUGCACAAUGAUUGGAAUGAAGUGAGAAAUUUAACAAAGUCAAAUCGAGAUCAUUUAAGAGCCAAACUAGCUGAAGCCAAUAGUUCAACAAUGAUAAGUAGAAAUCAAGAAUUUCCUGGUACAACAAUACUAUCAAAUUUAUCUUCAUCAGCGACAACUUUAAUUAAUACCCAUGUAACAUGUAAAAAUGAUUCAGCUGAUCGAUUAAUUACAAACAAUAAUACAACUACAACUAAUAAUAAUAAUAACACUCCAUUAUCUACAUCAACUACUGAAUUUUCAACAACUGAUAGUUCAACAAUAUUGUCUCCAACUACAACUCCUUCUACUAUUGCUACUUUAUCAAAUGCUGUACAAGUAGAUAUUGCAAAGUUGGAAGUUUGGAUGCAUCAAUCAAAAGAACAAUUAUCACGAUUUUCCAUUAUAAAUGAUCCAAAUGAUUUGAAAAAACUGGAAAAUGUUAUCAAGGUGAUUAGUGAUAAAAUAAUUGAGAAUCGACCAAUUUUAGCUGCAAUUGAUACAUGCAGCGCUGUCAGUAUAACAGGUCAACCUAUUUUAGACACUGAAGCCUUAUUAACAAAAGCUCAUUUUGCUGAUUUAGAAUCAGCUGUCGCUGCAGAACGAGAACGCUUAAUGGCGGCAAUUUAUCAUUUAGAUGACUUUAAAACUGUAUUGAAUAGUGAAAAACGAUGGUUUGAAACUGUUAGAACAAAUAAUGAACGUGUUAAAAAUAGUAGUUAUUCAGAAAUUAGUGAAAUAACAGAUGAUUUAGAAUCCCUUGACAGAUUAUCAAGAGAACAUACAAUUGACGAUGAAGAACGCUUAAAUAAAUUAGCUAAUGCAUUACAUGAAUCAUGCGUUAUGGGUAGUGCAAUAAUGAAAGAACUUGAAAUAUAUAAAACAGAACUAACCUUAGUUAAAGUUGAAAUUGAUUCUACAACUGCUUAUCUUCAAAGUUUACUUGACCAAUUACGUUCAGUUGAUGAACGUGUUACAGAAAUUGAGACUAGUUUAUUGAACAUUGAAGAUGAUUUGGAUAACUACUUUUUCAAUACACAAUCUACCGGUGACAUCAGUGUGUUAACAAAUAAAUUGCAAACACGUAUAAAAAGUGCAAAUAAUUUAAUUAAAGAUCUAGAUGAAAUGAUCGAAUAUAAUUCAUUACAUUCAUGUACUGACUGUUUGACCAAUCGACUAGAAAGUUAUAAAGCUCAAUUACAGGAACGUGUUGAACCAUUGAGUAAAAUCUUACCUCAACUAUCAAAUCCUUCAGUUCAUCAGUCAAAGUUAAAUAAAUUAAACAUGGAAUUAAAACAAAUUGAAAACAAACUUUGUAGGCUAGAUGUUAUAUCUGUGGAUCCAGAAGAUAUUAAAGCAGCCGUUAGUAGUGGACGAACAAUGCUUGCAACAUUGAAUGAAUUAAAAACUGAUUUGUUAAAUAUUAUGGAUAGUGAUGAAUCAUUAUAUAUUAAUGAAAAUUUACAAAUUUUGUCUGGACUAGAACGUUUAGAUAAAGCUUUACCAUUAAUUGAAGAAUUAGAACAGCUUAUGUCACAAAUUAAUGAAAAUUUGUUAAGUGUUGAAGAAGUAACUGACUACUUAGAAACAGCUGAUUGUCCUGUAUCAAGAAAAGAUUUGAUUCAAAAAAUUUAUCUACAAUUAACACAUUUAUGCCAAGAGAAUGGUACAGUUGUUCAGAUUAGACAAGUAGCUAAUAAAUUGAAAUUAUUGACACCAGAAGACAAACCAGAGUUAACUGCUGAAUUAUUUAAUGAAAUUGAAGACCAUUUACAUAGAGUGAUCAUGGCUAAAGAACUAUUUCAAUCACAAAUGGAUGAAGUAGAAAAAGAUACGAAAUGUAAUGAAUUAUUAGAAAAUUCUAUAAACCAACUGAAAUUACGCAAUAUUCAUACACCUGAAUUAAUUGAUAAACUUACGGCCGAUGUCUAUUCAAAUCCAACGAUCAAGAAAUCAUCCGGUGAUUACUUAUUAUCAAUUGAUCGUUUAAUUGAUAAUCUUUUAAAAUCUGAUGCACGAAUUUCACCAACAUUACAGAAUUUAGCUCGAGAAAUCCGGAUACAUUUCAAUGGAAUUAUAAAUUUUAAUUGUUAUUGUUUGGGAACCAGUGGACCAUUGUCUUUAUCACAAACUGAUUCAUGUAACGAAGACUAUCAGUAUUGUUCAGACAACAUGGUUCUUGAAACUUCAGUCUCUGAAAGGAAAACUUUGUUACAGACCUACUUCAAAUUUACAGAAUCUUUAUUCGCACAACAAAGAUUAUAUCUGGAAGCACGACUAAGAGAUUUAAUUGUGACCGGUGGAAAUAGUAACUCAUCUGACCGACUUGAAGAUUUGUUAAAUUUGCAGAGUUUAUGGUAUGAAACCAAUGAAAAAUUGGACAAAAAAUUUCAUAAAGCAACUCUACUGGAAGAGCAACUUAGUACAGCGCAACAGUUAUUAAUUGAUUAUAUCAAAACUCCAACAACUGAAAUUUAUAAUCAAUGUAUCAAAUUAUUAACAGAAUUAGAACAAACUUAUCGUUGGAAAUUAACUUUAGAUAAAGAACGAUUAAAAUAUAAAGAUUAUUUAGAUAUGAAUUAUAUUGAUUUAAAAAAUAAAUUUAUUACUGAUGAUUAUAUUACAUUAAAUGAUGAAUUAUUAAAUAUAUAUGAAAAACAAUUACAGUGUACAAAUCGUUUAUUAAAUUGUAUACAAAAUGAUUUAAAAUGUUGUCAUGAUGGUUUAACUUCACAACUUGGUGCAUAUAUAGAUACUUUAGAAAGUGAAUUACAAACCUGUAAUAAAUCUCUGAUGGAUUCAGCAAGAAUCCUUCAAGAGAUUAAUGAUGAUAUAAAAUUGAAACGAAAAAGUCAAACAAAUCAAAUACACUCUGAAAAUUCAGAGAAUAUCAAUGUUCUUGAGCAAGAUAAUGAUGAAAUAGUUUGGUUGAAAGUUUUACUAUCAACACAAAAAAACCGCUUAGAUACCUACAAUAAUGAAUUUGAAUUGAAUAAAAAUAAAAAAUGUAUAUAUAAAUCUUAUUUGAUCAACAUUUUCAUUCACAGUGAUUGGCUUAAACGUUAUCAAUUAUGGCAAUCAUUUAAUGAACGAUUAAGAGAUUUAAAAAUGACAACUAACCAUUUGCUGAAAUUACAAAGCGAAGACAAUCACAUAGAACUCUCCAAUAUUGAGAAUAAAAUUAAAGACACAUGUAUAGAAUUUACCUCACUCCGACAACAUAGUUCCAAGUUGAUUAGUAUGAAUUCAACACGUAUCAAAGCACCUGUUAAACAAUAUUCAUUACCGUCUAGUACUGGGAUAUCUUCAAUAAUAACAAGUUCAACAUUUACGGGAGCAUUAGACUCGAUAGCAACAAGUUCAAAGAGUUCCAAUGAAGAAAAUGAACUAACAACAACAGAUAUUUACAAUAAAGAUAAACCACCAACAGUUCCACCUCGUCGGCAUAGUCUAUAUCGUGGACAUACUAUUCAGUCAAUAGAACAUGAUCAUGAAUUCGUAAGAUAUGAAUUGAAUAGAUUAGAAAAUGAAUUACUUAGUUUGUGUCGUAAAUAUGGAACAUUGAACUACGUAACACAACCUUUGGCUGUUAAGAAAACCCCAAAUACAACAAUUUAUUCAGAGAAAUUAGUCAGUGAAUUAAAUCCAUCACAACAGAUCACUAAUAACAAACUAUCUAGUGAGAAUAACACUGACCAAAACAAUAAGAAUAACAAACCUUUCAAUCAAGUAUUUUCAGUCAAAGAGAUUCCAGUUAAUUUUGAACACUCAUCUACACCAACAGUGACCAACGGCAAGGGGGUAAAUGACCAAACUGUCCAAUCAGAUGAUAUAAGAACAUGUUUAACUGGAUUAAAUGAAUCUAUUGAUUGGUUUAUUCAUGAGUCUUGUUUAGUUCCAGUAAAUAUCUCCGAAUAUAUGGAUAGUGGAAAGAAAUUAGAUGAUUACUUUAUGAACGAUCGUUUCUGGUGUAUAAAUUCACAAACUAAUCAGUCUUCGAAUAGUAAUGGUACAGAUAAUAAACGAAUUGAAGUCAAUAAUAAUUAUGUACAAUUGAAAUUGAAAGAACUUCAUAAUAUUGAAUGGAAAUCAAUGGAUUGGAGGAAUUGUAUAGAAAUAUUUAAUGAUAAAUCCAAGGUAUUACUUAAAUCAAGUACAUUAUCAGAUCAUAGUACAGAAUUGACUAAAUUAGAAUUAGCAUGUUCUAAAUCUCAAACUAUUGUAAAUUUCGCUUUUAAUUCAUUACUAAAAUAUCGAGAAGUUCUACAUACAUUUAAAACGGAUUUAGCUAAAAUUGAAGGAUCUAUACGACAAAUCGAAUUAAUUAAAAAUUCAACUGAAGAUCCAGAUCAAAUUAUUCAAGAAUUAAGUAUAAGUAAAUGGUUAAAAAUUUUAUGUGAACAAACAAAAUUUCAUAAAUCAAAACGUGAUGGACUUGCAACUAAUGAAUGUAUCAAAGAAUUAGAUCCUCAAUAUGGUAAAUUAGGUAUACAAUUAGUCUUACUUGGCAAUCUUUGGAACACUGCACAAAAUCAUUUAUGUGAGUUAAAUCAAAAGGUUUAUAAUUCAAUGGAAUUUACAUAUUCUGCAUCAAUUCAAAAUUAUGUUCAAGAUAUAUUAGAUGAAUGGGAUCAUUUAAGCAAAACCUUACAAUUACCAUCAGCAUCAUCUGAAUUCAUCUCUACGACAAUACCGAUGACAGAAAAUAAAAUUUUUCUGAAUCAUAAACCGAUAUUAGAGAAUACAGUUGGAAGUCAAACAAUGAAAACUAUAAAUGAAUCUGUUUCUUCCUCAGCAAUAAAUACAAGUCAAAUGAAUGAAUGUUACGCGACUAAUGCUACAAAAACAAUAGAUACCUUGGAAUCACCACCAAUAACUGCAGUUAUUUCUAGUCCAUCUGAAACCACAUCUACAGUAUCAACUGUAGUAUGUCAUAAAUCUAUAUCACCUAUAUUGAACCGUAUGCGUAAUGAAAUACAACAAUUAACUCGUUGGUUAACUACAAUCAGAAAUAUACUUGAAACUAGUCAAGCAAAACUUGGUGAUCGAUUUGAUCAAGAUACUGAAAGUCAACAAUUACAACAAAUUAAACAAGCUAUAACUGAUGGGAUUUUGUCUGAAAAAUUGGUGGUCUAUCAUCCAGCUACUAUACAGCUUAAGAUAAAACAAUUUCUUACAGAAUUUGAAGCACGUAAACCUCAAAUAGAAAGAAUACAUUAUGAAAAAGAACGUUUAUUAUCUUGGACAACAAAAAAUCGUUCAGUUGAAGAAUUAACAACACAAAUUGAUCAACUACAAAAUCAAUGGGAUUCAGUUGAACAACAAAUGAUUGAACGUUCAGAAAAAUUAGAUCAAAUGUUAUCUGGUAUACAAACUUUAAAAGAAUUAGAACGUGAUGUUGAACGAGAAAUUAGCAAAACAGAAGCUGAUUUACAAAGUAUUGAUACAUCAAAGAAUCAGUCGAAUGAUCAAAGUUUAUCGACUUCUAGAAUUCUUGUCAUGACUCCAGAAACAUGUCGUAAACAUUUACAAGAACUGAUCGAUAGUUUGCCGCAAAGAUGUGCUAAGAUUAAAUUAUAUCAAAAAGAAUGUGAAGCAUUAAUUAAACAGUUCCCUACAGAGGAUACUAGUCGGAUACGUGCUGACAUGGAACAAACAAUAAAACGUUGGAAUGAAUUGGAAAAAUCAAUUAAAAAAACCAAAACUCUCUAUCUUCAUGAAGCAUUACCACAAGUAUAUGAUCAUUUUAAAGAACAACAAACUAAAUUAAAAGAUCGAAGAACAUCCAGUUCAGAUGGUAUACGUAAACCAACGUUAAAUGAACAAUUAGAAAUGAUAGAGAAUAAAUUUAAUCAAAUAUCCAAACUUGAAGCAGAAUUAAAUCAAUCUGGUUCAAAUAUGGAUAAUCAAUUAUUAAUUGAAAAGAGAGCACAUCUUGUUACAGAAUCACAAACACUACAAGCAGAAAUUAAUAUGAUCGCUACACAAAUAGCCAGUAGUGCAAAAUCUUCAGCACAAGCAUUAAAUGUUUUGCCUAAUCAAGAAUUUUUCAGACGUUUACGUCAGUUAAGAGAUAAAAUUGCUAAUUUACGACGAACGAUGCAGUUGAAUUCUAACCAGUCACACUUAUAUUUAACGAAAUUAAAAAAAUUAAAUGAUUGGUUAUCACAUAGAGAUGCUGCAUUUCAUGAAAUUCUUGUACCAAUUCAAGGAGAUAUGGGUAAUGUGAUCAGCUUGAGAGAAAAGUUAUUGGGUUUAUUUCAAGAACUUAAUACAAAUCGUUUACAAAUUGAAGAAAUUUUAUGCCAUCAUAAUACACAACAUGAUAAUAUAAAUCAAAAUAAAUUAAAUGUUUCAAAUGAACGUGAAACAGAAAUUGAUUCAGAUUUAUCUGAUUCAGGAUGUAAAAAUAAUAUAGAAGAUUGUAAUUUACGAACUAAUCGUCGUAUAACACGUCAUUUAUAUCAUUUAAAGAAAAAAUGGUUAAAUUUAAAUAAUAAUAUGUUAGAUUUUAAAUGUCAACUUGAUGGUAUAUGGGAGCGUCUAUCCAAUUUUAAUUCAUUGUUAAAUGAUGCUGUAGCUCAAGUGAAAAGUGCUGAAUCUGUAACAUUGAAAUGGAUCCCUAUAGAGUUUUUACCAAGUGAACAUAUAAAAACUGAAUUAGAUCAAACAAAGUCUUUUUAUGAAGCAUGUGAACCAUUGGCUCAUUCACUGGACAGCUUAGAACGACAAGUACUUCAAUUGCAAGAAAUACAAGUACAAAUCGAACCAAAAUUACGUGUGCAGUUAAAUUGUAUCAGAAAUGAGUUUGAAAGAAUACGUGUUAUUACACAAACUCGAAUUCAUCAACUUAAUCAAAGUUUAUCAGCAUUACAAAUGAUGCCACAAAGACCGAAAUAUCAAACUGUUACACGUAAUUCUUCUCAACGUACUCAAGGAUCGCGUCAUGAAGCCAUAGAACCAGUUGAUCAAACUAUCCCAGCGACUUCAGGACAAUCAAAAAAUGUUCCAUUACACGAUUCUGUUCGUUUACCAUGGGAAAGAUGUGUUCAUCCAUCUGGUACACAAGUUCCAUAUUAUAAAAAUCAUGAAACGCAAGAAACUCAAUGGGAUCAUCCAAUUUUAUGUGAUUUAAUGAAAUCUAUGAAACAGUUUAAUACUGUUCGUUUCUCUGAUUAUCGAACUGGUUUAAAACUACGUCGUUUACAAAAGAACUAUGUUUUGAUUCGAUAA